ACCUGAUUGGAAUAAUGUUGAACGUACUCUGUGUUCUGUAUGUAACAUCUCUCUGUAUUUCCAGACGUAUCAGGACAUUUUUUUUUUUUCCAAAGAGAAAUGGUUUUAUUUUAUUGGUCAUUAUGGGGGUGCAUCAUGCGUCUAUAAAAGGCAUACUUUCUGAGCCAGAGCGAUGACGCAGAAACUGCAGGGCAGCGGGAGUAUAAAAGAUGGCACUCAGAUCCGUUUCGAGGCACUCAUGAAGGGGGAGAGGAAACUGUUCGCUGAUUAGACUCAUAGCUUAUCGGUGACAAGAGCCAAAGGGAUGAACACAACAGAGAAGUUCUGCCUUCCCGUUGAUGGCAUCCUCGAAGUGUUCAACUCUUUCACCGGGCACCACCAGUCACGAUUUGCGCAUCCAGCUCUGCACCGCACAGCUCUCAUCCCGCGAUUACAGCACCCCAAAAUCUCAAACAUAACCAAAACCGGCAUGGGCAUAAUCAAAACUGUCCAAGGGUGCUGGAGACGGCAGGAUAAGAGGGUGGUUACCCGCAGAUCCUCUAGUUCUGGGCAUCGGCAGGUGUCGACCGAUCGACUUCCCAAAAAGCCGGUGGACCUGACAGAAUUGGGUGCUACCAAGCCCAAGAACUGUCACAGAGUAGUGGUGCUCGGAGCGACCAGAGUAGGUAAAACCAACAUCGUCCGGCGGUUCUUGGGGGAAGAAUAUGAAGAACACUAUGAGCCUACUAUCGAGGACUUUUAUCGCAAGAUGUUCCACAUAGGAGGGGAAACAUACCAGGUUGACCUCCUGGAUGCGGCAUCUGAGAGGGACUUCCCAGCCAAACGGAGAUUGUCCAUUCUGACAGGUGAUAUUUUUCUCCUUGUCUUCAGUUUGGAUGACAGAGACUCUUUGAAUGAAGUCCGUGACUUGUUUAACGAAAUUAAAGCCGCGAAGGCAAAGUUGCUAAAGCCCAACCAUCCAGCAAGAGUGCCAGCCGUGGUGUGCGCCAAUAAAGCGGACCUGGACGCACAGAGAGUCGUUAGCAAUUCAGAGGUUGUGGACAUCCUCGGCAAAGACGCGCAUUUCUUCGAAACUUCCGCUAAAACAGGCGCGGGACUGGAGGCUGUCUUCAUGGCUCUUGCCGCACUCGGUGGGCUGCCCGACGAGACCAGCCCGUCCCAACAUCAGAUCAUCCCAAUCUCUACCUACCAGUCGCUGUGCAUCGGCAAGAGGGGCCUGAGGAGGAGAAGGCGCUCCCGGGGACUCGGGGCACCCUGCGCCGCCGUGGACCCUCUUGCGCGUCGCCCGAGCUUCACCAGCGACCUGCGGCUGGUGCUUGGAUCAAGCACCACAAACAAGAAACCCGAGAAGUGUCAAAUUCAAUGAAUUGUGAAACUUCUCGACAAAACAAAAUUGUAGUAGUAUACUGCAAUGUCAUACAUGUAAGGAGUUAUACUCUGUAGCACCUGGCCGGACCAGUGCGUUAGGGUUAGUUUUUUUGUAUUCUGUAACUGCAUCCUUUAAUAAAGGUUUGUUUAAAAUGU